AUGGAGGACACAGGCCAGCAGGUAGCAGAACGAUAUGCCCUUGUCUCUUCACUCUACGGGCCGGGCACGAUCGCCUGCUGGUACCUCACAAUUCUGUCCGUUCUGGUCUCUUGGACGCUUCAUCCGAGGAAACGAAAGUCCGGAUCUAUCGACGUCGACUUACUGGCGACUUUGACGCUGCCAACUGUCGCCGCCGGCCACCUGAUAUCGCAGAUUUCGACACUAACGCCAGGUCACGACAACUCUCCAGGCUCUGGCGUCGAAGCUAAUCAAUUUGCUCAGUCUAUCGCCGCUAUCGAGGCACCUUUCAGCGUGGUCGAAUCCUUCAUGGCGAUCAGUGUCAUCCUGUUCCUUGUUUCGGUGUGGAUGGUUUGCCUCCGUCGGGCGAUAUCCGUGGCAAUGGUCGGCCUCCUGUGCCUUGCCACUGAAUGUUACAUCCAUUUCUCCAGCUUCAGAGAGCUUGGUAUUCGGUACAACCCGUUGGGCGCCCCGAGUGACGAGAAACCAGCCUUCACCCGAUCGUUUGUUGCCGACUUCACGGGCCUUGUCAUAGCCAUCCCUGUAAUACUGGCUGUUUGCUCCGCUACGCUCUCUGCGAUCAUCACCUACAUGCUUCGCUCUGGAAGCGUGCCGCAGGAGAUCGAGCAAGGGGCCCGAAGAAGGCCAAAUGAGAACCCUGCAGCUUCCCAACGGGCUGUCGAAAUGCUCCGACCAAGUACCGAAGCAGCUCAACGAAAUACCCCGCCCGCGGUCUCUGGACUUACACAGUCAGGAGAUAGGGUAGGAAUGGAAGAAUGGAAACGAGAUGCCAAGCGAACAGAACGAGUGGCACGAACAAGCGCAUGGAUCAGCCUGGUUUUUGUCCCCGCCACAGCGCUACUCAGCAUAUUACCCAGCGCAAUGAACGCGCUUCAAUUCUCCUAUGCAGUUCUCGCCGCGAGUUCUGGCAGGACAAUCACAGUCUGGGCUCGUCUGAAGAUAUUUGCAGGACACUUCUACCCGCACUCCAGUAACUCUUUCUUGGAUCUCGACCAAGCAGUGGCAACCGCGGCAGGAGCAACUGUGCUUGGCUUUAGCAUAUACAGUGUUGCCAACGCACGUUACAAAAUGCAAAGUAGCAGACAGUCGAUCCGGGUCGAGGAAGACAGCAUCCAGCUAGAUCGGUUGGUUCAAGAACCGACGAUUCGAGGUCUGGAAAUAGUAAUGGAUAACUGCAGACGUCGAGCGCAGUGA